UAUCUUCGAUCAGUAUGUACAACUAAACCAUAACUUAUACACUUUGCCCUGUUCCUUCUACCUAACCUACACCACCAUGGUUUCUUCAUUUGAACACACUUUGAUAAAAAACAUCAAGCUCUCAUCCAUCGGUCCUAGCAAUGCUACCGGAACCGACGUUACUCAUCAGCCGACUUCGAUGGAUUUAACCAUGAAGCUUCACUAUAUUUUUGGAGUUUACAUUUUCAGAAGCCAAGCAGUGCUAGGUUUAAGCGUUAAGCAUAUCAAGGAAUCGAUGUUCUUCUGGUUGAAUGAGUACUAUGUCACCUGUGGUCGCUUCCGGCGGACGGAAGCCGGCCGGCCGUAUCUCAAGUGUAACGAUUGCGGUAUAAGAUUCGUUGAAGCUCAGUGUGAUAAAAGUGUUGAUGAAUGGCUUGAAAUGAGAGAUUGUUCUCUUGAUCGACUCCUCGUUUAUCAUCAACCCAUUGGACCGGAGAUGUCGUUUUCCCCAACAGUUUACAUACAGAUUACAUGGUUCAAGUGUGGGGGAAUGUCGCUGGGCAUAAGCUGGGCUCAUAUCCUUGGAGAUAUAUUUUCGGUUUGUGAUUUCAUGAACAAAUGGAACCCAUUUAUGACCAUUUCUGAGGCCAGCACUCUACCCAAUUCAACCAAAUUACCUUCACCCAUUACUGUCACACCAAAAUCACAAAUCUCAUCACAACUAUCGAAUUCGGAAGACCCACUUUCCAUUAAACGGGUCAACUCGGUUGGAGACCAUUGGAUCACUCCCAAUAACUGCAAAAUGGAUUCAUUUUCCUUCCAUUUAACACCCACCCAAAUAUCUCUUCUACAGUCGAAAAUAUCAGGUACAAUUCCAAUUUUUGAGUCCCUAUGUGCCAUCAUUUGGAAAUGUGUUGCCCAAAUAAGAGAUGGAUCAGGCCCAAACAAAGUUACAAUAUGCAAAAAAGAUCCUCACAAUUGGAAGCUUUCUGGGCAGCUUAGCAAUAGUCAGAUCAUAAGUUGUGCUGAGGCAAAUUUUCCCAUUAAGGAUGCAAAUUUAGAAAAAUUGGCAGCAAUUUUGGUUAAGGAAGGAAAGGAUGAGAGGGGUGCGAUCGAAGAAGCAAUGGAAAGGGAAAAUGGGGUGGGUGAUUUUAUUGUUUAUGGGGCAAAUUUAACAUUUGUGAAUAUGGAAGAGGCUGAUGUUUAUGGAUUGGAAUUGAAGGCAGAUUUUGUGAGUUUUGGAAUUCAAGGUGUUGGGGAUGAAGGAUGUGUUGUGGUGAUUCCAGAAGCAAAAGAUUUUGACAAGGAUGUUCAGAAAUUGGGAAGAUUUGUGACCAUAACUCUACCAGAAGAUGAAAUGGCAAAGCUAAAGCCUGAGCUCAAAAAGAAUGAUUUUCUGCUUGAAACUAAUUUUGAAUGAGUAUUGAAUUGUUAACUAAAGCUAUUCCUUGAAUUUGUCUUUAUGGUUAUGGUUGAGUGUAAUAAUUAAUUUGCCAAUGUAAUUUGGAUUUGGAUUUUGUUUAAGAAUGUAUAUGAAUUACAAUAAUUAUGCAUGCAUGCAAAUUUCAAUCUCAA